GAUUCCUGACAGCGCUACUUGGUAGUCUCUAUUAUUAAGUCUAUCUCCUCCCUCCUACUGAUAGUACCUGUACAUGCCCACGCUACGUAGGUAUAUCAGGUACCAAGGUUAGAGGUACCUACCGGCCCCUGUCGAUGUACACCUAGGUACCUAAGACAGACGAAUGAUUCCCCUACCAACCACAUCAAUCGCGGCCGACCUAGUCGUGUCGACAUCGCGCCGCGCAUCUAAAUGUGGCCCCGGGUAGCGGGAGGACACCAUCCCAUUCAUCUGUAGGAACAUGCAAGAACAACAUGUCCUACUACGAUAUCGAUGCUAUACUCACCGAGGCCGAGAAAGUACCGUGCAAAUUCGAACUCGAGGUAUCUGAACUCGGCUAUCUCGACAAUAACCCUUCGCAGCCACUGAAGGCAGGCACUUCGAUCGGCCUCCCGCUAUGGCUCGCCGAACCGCUUGCUCUGACCAGUAGGUCGCCCGGCAACCCCGAGGAGGAUUCCAAGUCUUUCGUCACUCUUGACCUCCCGCCUUCGCUAUCCAACCACGUCAUGUCCGCCCUCAAAGCCGACCCCCGUGCCGUGCCCCUCCGUGACCAGUCCCACAACUUCUACGGCCUCGGCAUACGCAUGCUCGACGUGUUCGAGGAGCGGGAGAUAUGCGCCAUCCUCCGGAGGACCUUCGUCACCAGAGCCGCCGACAUCGCUCUCCACGCGAGGAAAGCUGGCGCUACCGAAGACAUGGGUGUGGGCGAGGGCGAAGAAUUCUUGAGGGGCCUGGAGGAGUGGGAGAGGAAACUAUUCAGGAAAGCCCAUCAAGGCACGAAAGGGACCAAGGAGUGGAUGGAGAGCGUCAAGAAGCACUGAUGGCAGGUAGACCCCGCCAAGCCAAACAAAGUCUUUAUAUACGAUACCAGAUGUGACACGAAAGCAAAGGAUUGACAUAGAGUGAGUAGGUAAGCCUUGAUAAUAGACAACAGAGCAUACCGUAGAAAGUACCUAAAGUAACGGUGGCUCGGAGAACAUGAACUCAAGCAGGCAGUGUUGCCAUAUUUAUUUCUACGUCACUCAUCGCUUCGGGUGCCAUAUAAGGUGUACCCAAUGUGGAGUUGAAAAGGAUUACCACCGCUGAAGCUCCUAGGCCAAUACAGCAGGUAUCCAUCCUAUG